CUGCCCGGCUCCGCUCCGCGCCCCGACUCCGCCGCCCCUCAUCAACCCCCGAGCCACCCGGGCCUUCUGCCUGCGCUCGCGUCCCGGCCGCUCCGGCCCGACCCGGCCCAGCCGCAUGGACACCCACAGGCCGCCCCGACAGCGGCCGUGGCCAGCCCGGGCGUCAGGCGAGGGGACAGUGUUAAAAGGAUCUGAACAACGUCUGCUCAAAUCUCCUGCUGUGAACCAGCAGAACUUUUGAACAGGUUUCUCCACAUACAAAAAUCGUGUUAAAAAUACGGAAAAGAAUGGCAGCGGAAACGCAGACACUGAACUUUGGGCCUGAAUGGCUCCGAGCUCUGUCCAGUGGUGGGAGUAUUACGUCCCCUCCUCUUUCUCCAGCAUUGCCGAAGUAUAAAUUAGCAGACUAUCGUUAUGGCAGAGAAGAAAUGUUAGCACUUUUCCUUAAAGACAGCAAGAUACCUUCAGAUCUUCUGGAUAAAGAAUUCCUGCCUAUUCUGCAGGAGGAGCCCCUGCCACCAUUGGCUCUUGUACCCUUUACAGAAGAAGAACAGAGAAACUUUUCCAUGUCUGUAAAUAGUGCUGCUGUCCUGCGAUUAACAGGACGAGGAGGAGGAGGAACAGUGGUGGGGGCUCCUAGAGGUCGAAGUUCUUCAAGAGGGCGAGGCAGAGGCAGAGGUGAAUGUGGUUUCUACCAAAGAAGCUUUGAUGAAGUAGAGGGUGUGUUUGGUCGAGGAGGUAGCAGGGAAAUGCAUAGGUCGCAGAGUUGGGAGGAAAGGGGUGACAGACGUUUUGAAAAACCAGGACGAAAAGAUGUAGGGAGACCAAAUUUUGAGGAAGGUGGACCAACAUCAGUGGGGAGAAAGCAUGAAUUUAUACGAUCAGAAAGUGAAAAUUGGCGUAUUUUUAGAGAAGAACAAAAUGGAGAAGAUGAAGAUGGAGGUUGGCGACUAGCUGGAUCAAGAAGGGAUGGAGAGAGGUGGCGGCCCCACAGUCCUGAUGGCCCUCGUUCUGCAGGCUGGCGGGAACACAUGGAGCGACGGCGAAGGUUUGAGUUUGAUUUUCGAGACCGGGAUGAUGAAAGGGGCUACCGAAGAGUGCGCUCUGGCAGUGGAAGUAUAGAUGAUGACAGAGAUAGCUUGCCUGAAUGGUGCUUAGAGGAUGCUGAAGAAGAAAUGGGCACAUUUGACUCUUCUGGAGCAUUUCUCUCUCUAAAGAAAGUACAGAAAGAGCCUAUUCCAGAGGAACAGGAGAUGGACUUCCAGCCUGUAGAGGAAGGAGAGGAGUGCUCUGACUCUGACAGUAACCAUAACGCAGAAGCCAAAGAACCCGAGAAGACAAAUAAGAAAGAGGGAGAGAAGACAGAUAGAGUAGGAGUUGAACCUAGUGAGGAAACAUCCCAAAGCUCCUCCUCAUCUGCUAGACCAGGUACUCCUCCAGAUCGUCAGCCUCAGGAAGCACCGCAGUUUGAGAGGAAAGAGGAACCCAAAACUGAGCAAAUGGAAAAAACUGAAGAAGAGAGUCGGAUAGAAAAUAGUCUACCAACCAAAGUGCCCAGCAGAAGGGAUGAAAUGGUUCCUGAUGUCCAGCAGCCCCUGUCACAGAUGCCUUCAGAUACAGCCUCUUCUCUUCUCAUACUCCCACCUCCUGUUCCCAGUCCUAGCUCUGCCCUCCGGCCAGUUGAAAUGCCGGUUGUAGGUGCUCCUGGUAUGGGCAGUGUUUCCACAGAGCCAGAUGAUGAAGAGGGUCUCAAACAUUUAGAGCAGCAAGCUGAGAAGAUGGUGGCUUAUCUCCAAGACAGUGCAUUAGAUGAUGAGAGACUGGCAUCAAAACUGCAAGAGCACAGAGCUAAGGGAAUCUCAAUUCCACUGAUGCAUGAAGCAAUGCAGAAGUGGUAUUACAAAGAUCCUCAGGGAGAAAUUCAAGGUCCCUUCAAUAAUCAGGAGAUGGCAGAAUGGUUUCAGGCGGGCUAUUUUACUAUGUCUUUAUUGGUGAAGAGAGCAUGUGAUGAAAGCUUCCAACCUCUUGGGGAUAUCAUGAAAAUGUGGGGAAGGGUUCCCUUCUCUCCCGGUCCAGCUCCCCCUCCUCAUAUGGGAGAGCUGGACCAAGAACGACUGACCAGGCAGCAGGAGCUCACAGCCUUAUACCAGAUGCAGCACCUCCAGUACCAGCAGUUCUUAAUACAACAACAGUAUGCACAGGUUUUGGCUCAACAACAGAAAGCAGCCCUGUCUUCCCAGCAGCAGCAGCAGUUGGCAGUUCUUCUUCAGCAGUUCCAGGCUCUGAAGAUGAGGAUAUCUGAUCAGAGCGUCAUUCCCUCAGUAACUAGGUCUGUGUCGGUGUCAGAUACUGGUUCUAUCUGGGAGCUUCAGCCAACAGCCUCACAACCUACAGUUUGGGAAGGUGGUAGUGUAUGGGAUCUUCCCCUUGACACCACAGCUCCAGGACCUGCCCUUGAACAGCUUCAGCAGAUAGAGAAGGCCAAAGCUGCAAAGCUAGAGCAGGAGAGAAGAGAGGCAGAAAUGAGGGCAAAACGGGAGGAGGAGGAGCGAAAGAGGCAAGAAGAACUCCGGAGACAACAAGAAGAAAUUCUUCGGAGGCAACAGGAGGAAGAAAGGAAAAGGCGAGAGGAAGAAGAGCUUGCCCGAAGGAAACAGGAAGAGGCUUUGCGACGCCAGAGGGAGCAGGAAAUUGCAUUGAGGCGACAGCGAGAAGAGGAAGAAAGACAGCAGCAGGAAGAAGCCCUUAGAAGACUGGAGGAAAGGAGAAGAGAAGAAGAACGGCGGAAGCAGGAAGAACUGCUACGCAAGCAGGAAGAGGAGGCUGCAAAAUGGGCCCGGGAAGAAGAAGAAGCCCAGCGUCGAUUAGAGGAGAACCGGCUGCGGAUGGAAGAGGAGGCCGCCAGGCUCCGGCUGGAGGAGGAGGAGCGGAAACGCAAGGAGCUGGAACUACAGCGGCAGAAGGAGUUGCUACGGCAGCGGCAGCAGCAGCAGGAGGCCCUGCGAAGGCUGCAGCAGCAGCAGCAGCAGCAGCAGCUGGCGCAGAUGAAGCUUCCCUCUUCUUCAACGUGGGGCCAGCAGUCCAGUACAACGGCAUGUCAGUCCCAGGCAACACUGUCAUUGGCUGAAAUCCAGAAACUAGAAGAGGAACGGGAACGGCAGCUUCGAGAAGAGCAGAGGCGCCAGCAGAGGGAGCUGAUGAAGGCGCUCCAGCAGCAGCAACAGCAGCAGCAGCAGCAACAGCAGCAGCAGCAGCAGAAGCUGGCGGGUUGGGGCAAUGUGGGCAAGCCGGCCGGCUCGGCCAAGUCCCUCCUGGAGAUCCAGCAGGAGGAGGCUCGGCAGAUGCAACAGCAGCAGCAGCAACAGCAGCAGCAGCAGCAGCAGCAGGCGAGCAGGGGCCGGACGCCUACGCAGCACUCCGGCCUGCAUGCCGGCAUCGGGAACUCUGUCUGGGGCUCCGUAAGCACUGGCCCCCCCAGCCAGUGGGCUUCCGACUUGGUCAGCAGCAUCUGGAGCAGUGCCGAUGCAAAAAACUCCAACGUGGGGUUCUGGGACGAUGCGGCGAAGGAGGUGGGGCCUCGGAACUCGGCCAGCAAGAACAAGAGCAACGCCAGUCUCAGUAAAUCUGUAGGUGUGUCUAACCGGCAGAAUAAGAAAGUAGAAGAAGAAGAAAAGUUGCUGAAGCUCUUUCAGGGAGUAAAUAAAGCCCAAGAUGGAUUUACCCAAUGGUGUGAACAGAUGCUUCAUGCCCUUAAUACGGCAAAUAACUUGGAUGUUCCCACAUUUGUUUCUUUCCUGAAAGAAGUGGAAUCUCCUUACGAGGUCCAUGACUAUAUUAGGGCUUAUUUAGGAGAUACGUCUGAGGCCAAGGAGUUUGCCAAGCAGUUCCUCGAGCGCCGAGCCAAACAGAAAGCCAGCCAGCGGCAGCAGCCCCAACAGCAGGACUCUGUGUGGGGAAUGAACCACAGUGCACUCCAUUCAGUAUUUCAGACCAAUCAAAGCAACAACCAACAAUCCAAUUUUGAGUCUGUACAAAGUGGCAAGAAGAAGAAAAAGCAGAAGAUGGUCCGAGCAGAUCCCAGUUUAUUAGGGUUUUCAGUCAAUGCUUCAUCGGAGCGACUCAAUAUGGGUGAAAUCGAAACUUUGGAUGACUACUGAGCACCUGCCAGUGGACUGACUGGCCUUCCCUCUCCUCUCUGCUGACCAUGGCUUCUCCACCUUUGGACACAACACUUACUCACCAUUUACUCUUUAUCACUGCAACAAAUCACAGAACCGAUCAUCUCAGGCUUUUUCUUAUAGCCCUUUGUGUCCAAGAUUCUUUAAACCGUUUUUGUUGGUGACCAUCUCAGACUAUAGCUAAGUGAACCAGACCCAGUGUCUCAGGGGUGGCAGAGGGGAUUACUUCCCAACAAGGCUCAUUUUGGGCAGCACAUGUUUACUGUGCUGUGAUUUCAUCUGCUGUCUCCCAGAAAGUGUGUUGGGAUGUGCCAAUAGCAAUUUGUUUUCUCUUGUUACUUUUUUCCUUCUAUUUUUUUUUUCUUUUUAACCCCCCAUAAGGGAAAGGGGUCUAACUGGUGCAAUCAUGAAGAGAGUUAAUGGUAACAGACAUUGGCCAGCAACAAAAUGCCCAUGGACUGUGACUUGAGUGUCCUACAGAGACAGAACUCUCUCAGUCUGAGUAUUGUAUUGCCACUGCUAACUUUGGGAUUGCAUCAAAGAGGCCCUGAGUGGGAUGGAGUUUAGAUUGGAUUGGUUUGACGUUGCACACCCCUCACCUGCUCUUCCUAAGCGUCCUUUCGGAGAAAGGAUUUAUGGUUUUCUUGGUUAGCUAGUGACUUCCGAGCAAGCUGACCUCUCCUCUGGCGUACUCCAACCUGACUGGACAAAGGAAACCCUGUGGCCUGGAAGAGGGACUUGCUCUUAAUUUUUCUUUCUUACAAAAACUGAUUUUUCCCAUAAAUAUUUUUACUUCAGAGGACUAGGACCAGUUUGUUUUGGGCCUUUUUGCUGAAAAUUUGUCUCGUUUAAGAGGCAGCUAGGAUCUUUACCAUAUGUAUGAAUCUGUAUAAUUUCAUUUUGGGUAGGGAUAAACUUUUGCUUCUGAUAAAACCUGGAAUUUCAUCUGGUUCCUCAGAGCAUUGCGUGUGUGUCUUGCUGUGGCCCCAAAAGGUUUUGUUUAAAGAUUCUGGAAUGGCAAGUUGCUUGCCUUUUCUGAAAAGAGAACACACAAAACCUGACCAUCUUUAAGAUCUUCAUCCGUGGAAACCACUACACAGGAGAGUGCAGUGGGAUGGAGGGGAUGGGGGAGAACAGGAGAGAAAAGCCUGGUUCUGGCUUCUGGUCAUGGCCUCCUAAUUCCCCUUCACUUCAGAUAUAAAUGUAUCAAGCCCUAUUUAUAGACAAAUACUCUUCCUGCCUCUACCAACCCCCCGCAGAACAUCACCUGGAAUUGCUGAUUUCACUCUGGUCUGGAGCCAUUGGACCAACCAUCCCUGUGUGAAAAUUGCUGUGGUUCGGGUGGCUCCUGGUGGAGCACCUUUUCUUUCCGGCGUCACUGCCUGAAGAAGGCUGGAGUUGCUCUGAGAGCAGUCUGGUUUUGGAUGAUUCUAUUUGGUUUCUGUUUUUAUUCUUUUGGAUCACCAUUCUCCUAUCCCUUCUGGCCUCCCUUCCUCCUAAACAUGUACAGUAACUAUACAGAGACUGCUACAAACUUGUAUAUAGUUUUUGGAUCAGAUAGCAUGAGGAGAUGGGGAACCAUUAAAAAUUGGGACUCCUGCUCUCCUUUGCUUUGUAAAUUCAAAAGUGGGGGGUGGGGAAGAGGGAUAGUUAAAAUGUUUACAAAACUUUAAGCUCCCUUGGAACUUUUGCCAGUGUGGAGGAAAAUAAAAAAGAACUUAAAUAAAA